AUGGAGCUGCUGGGGCCGUCGCUCCACGACCUGCGCCGCCGCCGGGUGAUCGCUGCACCACAAGUCAAAGCCCUGGGAAGUCAUGCCCUGGAUGCUCUGCAGUGGCUGCAUGGCCGUGGAUACCUCCACAGAGAUGUGAAACCAGAGGUCAGUAGUCUGGUGUGUGAGAAAGGGUGGUACGGAUCCGGCACGCCCGACUACGCCAGCACAGCCAGUCUUUACGAGAACGAACUCGGGCCACGGGAUGACAUGGAAAGCCUGGCCUACACCCUCCUCUACCUCUGGAUGGGGAAGCUGCCGUGGGCUGGGCUGCCCGACAUGCUCUCCGAACGGACCAGCGGCCCCAACGGCUGGACCCGGGAGGAGCUUGCCGCCAUGGCUGAGAACAGGGAGUCCCUGCUGGAGAACGCCAUGCAAGAGGGUGGAGUGCCUGCUUUCUUGGAGGACUGGUUGGAGCACUGCCUGCACCUGCAGCCCAAGGACCUGCCCGACUACGGGUACCUGCGAUCGCUGCUGGAUGAGGAAGGUGCUCCCCUGGCCCAGAUGGGCCCAGUCAAAGGGAGGAUCGCCAAGCCUCUGUGUGCUGAGGAGUGA